ACUGCCUUUUGCUCAGUUGCUUUCAGAAUUGGGGGAAGUUAGGGUUUAACCGCUAGUUAAUCCUGUCGCCGGCCGCCGGUCACCGCCGAUAAAGCCUCUUCGGCAGUUCAGCUCUUCCAACGGCCGAAACCCUCAAACCCGGUAACCAUUCUUCUCUUCUGUUCUCGAGUUCUUCCAGGCAAAAUUCAAUCCCCAACAACUCAAUAAGUUACAAGAGAUGGUAGGGCUAUCUAUUGGAGAAAAAAACUUUAUUAAGGGUGGUAUUGCCCAGGAUAUGCGCAAUGAUGGUAGAAAGCGACUAACUUAUCGACCAAUUUAUGUGGAAACAGGUGUUAUUCCUCAGGCAAAUGGAUCUGCAAGAAUCAAGUUGGGUCCAACUGAUGUUAUUGCCGGUGUCAAGGCGGAACUUGGAAAACCAAGUCAAGCGCAUCCUGACCAAGGGAAAAUUUAUAUUCACGUCGAUUGCAGUCCCACAGCAGAGCCAUCGUUUGAGGGCAGAGGAGGCGAGGAAUUGUCUGCAGAACUCACAGCUGCACUUGAGGGGUGUCUUUUGGGUGGUAAAAGUGGAGCAGGGGCUGGAAUAGAUCCGUUGUCUCUCUCAAUCAAAGAAGGAAAAGUAUGUUGGGAUCUGUAUAUUGAUUGCCUUGUCAUUAGUUCUGGCGGGAAUUUGCUGGACGCACUAGGUGCUGCAAUCAAGGCUGCACUGAGCAAUACGGGUAUUCCGAGAGUUCAGGUUCGUGAAGCUGCUUCAUCCGAUGAGCAAGCAGAUGUGGAUGUUAGUGAUGACGAAUUUCUGCAAUUUGACACCAGCGGAAUACCAGUCAUAGUUACUUUGAUAAAGGUUGGAAGGCACUACAUUGUCGAUGCAACUUCAGAGGAGGAGUCCCUAAUGAACUCGGCUGUUUCUAUAUCUGUUAAUAGACAAGGGUUAGUAUGUGGGUUGACCAAACGAGGAGGCACCGGAUUAGACCCUAGUGUCAUACUUGACAUGAUAUCUGUGGCAAAACAUGUAAGCGAGCAGCUAGUCAACAAGCUUGAUUCGGAGAUAGAAGCUGCCGAAAAAGCUCAUGAAGAUGAACCAUGACAUAGCUCAAAGAUUACCUAGAUAUAGUAGUUCAACCUCACUAAUUUUUGUUGCAAAGUGCAAAUAGACUUCUUGAAUGCUUUGUAGAGGUGAAGCCAAACUUUGUCAUAUCAAUUCUAUAGUGGUGUUCAUGUGAUCAUUUGUAAGAGUUAGAUAGUUUGGAAUUUAGUUUUGAAGCACUUUCGCUUUGAUAGUCUUCUUGAU